CAGAGGUGUGUCCACGCAGGCACUGCGCGAGCGCGAAGGCUCGGUGCGCGCAGGCGCGACAAGGGCGCAGCUCCAGGUCCGGUCUGGUAGUGUCCGAGUGGCAGUGGCUGCAGAGUGGUGACCGGAAGUGCUUGAAUAUCCGCAUUUCCAUUUCUGGCCUGAUAAGAGUUUUGAUUAAUUAUGGAUAAUCUGUCAUCAGAAGAAAUUCAGCAGAGAGCACACCAGGUUACUGAUGAGUCUCUGGAAAGUACAAGAAGAAUCCUGGGUUUAGCCAUUGAGUCUCAGGAUGCAGGAAUCAAGACCAUCACUAUGCUGGAUGAACAAGGGGAACAACUAAAUCGCAUAGAAGAAGGCAUGGACCAAAUAAAUAAAGACAUGAGAGAGGCAGAGAAGACUUUAACGGAACUCAACAAGUGCUGUGGCCUUUGUGUCUGCCCAUGUAAUAGAUUCUCAGAUGUUGGUGGUUUCUGGGAAACCAGAACCAAGAACUUUGAGUCUGGUAAGGCCUAUAAGACAACGUGGGGAGAUGGAGGAGACAACUCGCCCAGCAAUGUAGUAUCUAAGCAGCCAGGCCGGGCGACAAAUGGUCAGCCUCAGCAACCAACAACAGGAGCAGCCAGUGGAGGAUACAUUAAGCGUAUAACUAAUGAUGCCAGAGAAGAUGAAAUGGAAGAGAACCUUACUCAAGUGGGCAGUAUCCUGGGAAAUCUAAAAAACAUGGCCCUGGACAUGGGCACUGAGAUUGAAGCUCAAAAUCGACAAAUAGAACAGAUCACAGAAAAGGCUGACACCAACAAAGAUCGUAUUGACAUUGCCAAUGCCAGAGCAAAGAAACUCAUUGACAGCUAAAGCUGCGCCUGUACUCCUUCAUCAUUUAUUCAUAUCCCUAGCUUUUCCUCCAAAGUCAUCAUCUUUCUCAGAGUUUGAAGGUUUGGCUCCACAUUCUUCUACUUGGGAAAUAAUGUAGAAGAAGGGCCAGAAGGAGUAAUAGCCAGUCCCUCAUUUUGUGUUUCUGUUGCUCUUGAGGGAAGACUGCUGUUCAGCCUUCCUGGUUGUAUUUUCUUUUUCAGUUCAUCACCUUACAUUGGUUUUCAUACAUCACAUGUAGUGUUUUCAUCCUCUUCAUUUACUUUAACAGUUUAUUUGGCUUUCAGAAUUUGGAAGCAUUGCCAAAGACACCCAUGAAGAAGGAAGCUGUAGAUAUGUUUAUUACAUUUUUUUGUUUUUGUUUUUGUGCGAUGUCGGUGACAGAGAAGCAAGAGCUAAGAGGUUGUUACCUUGGUAAAAACCUGCAGGCCACAAAACAAGAAGCUGCAUAGCCACAGUAAAGAUCUGGUUGCGUAUAAUUUUUCAUUUAAGUUGCAGUUAUUGUCAAUUUAUGCUCAUGCUUGAUUUUGGCGCUUUUAUACACAAUAUUUUUGUUAUACAUCACAAUAUUGCAACUUCUCCAAAUGGAAUAGAAUGACUUUUCUUAAAAUGAGCUUAAUUUCUGAAUUCUUAGUGAUUCAUAUAUGUACAUAGAUCCUGUGAUCCCAUUUUCCAUUGCAUCAUUCAGGAACACUUUGGAUAAAUGAAUGGCUCUUUAUUUUCCUAUUAUUAUAGUAUCGUGGUCCCAUUACAGACUUAUUAACCUCAUAAAUAUACCAUUUGUCUUUGAAGAACAAUAUGUAAAUAUAUGUUUGUAAUAAGAAUUUCUCUGUAAAGGAGGGCUUAAAAUGUUUUGGAAAAGUUUCACCAACUAUAUCAAGUGAUUUCAGAUUUACCUCAGUGCCAAGAAUUAUGUUUUGAUAGGAAAAAGGAAACUUAUUUUGAUCUCAGGUAGAAAAUAGAGUACUUUGAGUUUUAUAUAGCUUUAGGUGUUUAAAAAAUUAGAAUUUAUUCUGUCUUACUAAAAGUAAUUUGGAAAAUUAUGCCUUUGGUUUAAUUAUUGGUGAUUACACUGUCAUUCUUUUCCCCUUGUGAAUUGAACUAUAUCCAGAAUCAAGUUCAUGUAGAUCCUACAGUGUUAUGAGAAUCU